AUGAUUUUUGAGGAAAAAUACGUGGAUGAUGAGAAAGAGGAUGAGGAAGAAGAAGAAGACUUGCAAAACCCAUUGAGGGCUUUCCGGGUUUAUGAUGGGCCGGUGAAUGCACAAGGGAAUCAAGUUCUUUUUGAGCCAAUCAGUAGAGAUGGAGCUAAUAUACAACGCUUGAUGAACAAGUUAUUCCACCCAUAUCUCGAUCGGUUUGUUGUCGUCUACUUGGACGACAUAGUGGUGUAUAGCAAGACCUUGCAGGAGCAUGUAGAGCACUUGCGGGAAGUGCUUAAGGUAUUGUGGGAAAACCAGUUAUACAUCAAGAUGGAUAAAUGCUCAUUUGCUAAGCCGGAGGUGUCGUUCUUGGGGCAUAAGAUCAAGGACGGCAAGCUUAUGAUGGAGGAUUGCAAGGUGCAUUCCAUCCAAGAAUGGGAGCCACCCACCAAGGUACAUGACUUAAGAUCUUUUCUUGGGCUAGUUAACUAUUACCGCCGCUUUAUCAAGGGAUACUCGGCGACGAUUGCACCAUUAACCAACCUUCUCAAGAAAAACAAGACAUGGAAAUGGACAACGGAGUGUCAAGAAGCCUUGAAGACUUGA